UAUAGAAAAAUGUUGCAAGAGCAAUAACGGCGUGAGGGCAGACAAGUGUUGAGUUUCAGCUUCGCGUAACCGGAUUUGUGAGUGAAAAAAGUCGAGAAGGCGCACGUGUCCCAACUCAUAUUUCUUUUCCCAAACGUCCCGCUUUGUAUAAAUUGUAAGUUGCUGGAAUCCUGCUUAGACCAGACCCAGAAAGGGGGAGGAGAGGGGAUGUCAGGGACAGCGUGAAAUUGCUUUAAACAUGCCAUUCCCCGCUGCCCAGACCUUCACGCCGCCUUAAAAGCCGGAGCACCGGGCACGAAGCGCUCUUUUCAAAGUUUACUUACAGCAAGCGCGUAAAAAAGCCUGCAUUUAAAAAAAUAAGUUUUUUUUUUGUAUUUUUUAAAUUUUAUUUAUUUAUUUAUUUAUUUAUCUCGAGAUAAAGCAACGAGUCGGCUAUUCCAGCACCAUCCCCGGGCUCACAAAGGAGAGCCUGCGUCUCUGAUACCAUCGUCGCAUUUUAAUCUGACUGGGAGAGGAGUCUGGAGCAGCCGCGCAUAAUAGAGAGCCGCCAGAAGUUUGAGAGGAUUUAUACCCCAUCCCGGAUUGCUGAGAUUGUAUAAAAUGCACCUAUUUGGAUUAUCUCCAUAUUUCGUCUGCAUCGUGUUUAUUUACAGAAGCUUGGCAAUUGAAUCAUUUCAAGAUUAUUAUGAUGAUUACCAAGGUCAAGGAGAUUUCCAGGAGGAAGUGCAGCCCGAACUGGAGCAACGGCUGCGCGCCGCGUCCAGCGUGGACGAGCUCAUGCAGCUUGUAUACAGAGGCAGCUGGACCUCGCUGCGCUGCCGGUACAAGCUGGGUCAGCGGCCCCCAGGCCGGGGCCGCACCGCCGGGAGUGGCUCUGGGGAGCCUGUCAUGUUCGCCGCCGCUUUCUACGAUUUUGAAGUUUUCAAAAGUAUAGAGUCAGAGUGGAGAAAGACGCUGUGCAUGCCACGCGAAGUGUGUUUAGAUGUGGGGAAAGAGCUGGGGUCGCCUACAAACACCUUCUAUAAACCACCCUGCGUGUCUGUCUACAGAUGUGGAGGCUGCUGCAACAGUGAGGAGCUGCAGUGCAUGAAUGUCAGCACCUCCUACAUCAGCAAAACGCUGUUUGAAAUCACCGUCCCCAUCACCCACGGAACAAAGCCCGUCACCAUUGGAUUCGCUAACCACACCCUCUGCCGCUGCCUGUCCAAGCUGGACAUCUACAGACAAGCACACUCCAUCAUAAGGCGGGCUCUUCCAGAGUGCAGUGUGGCAAACAAGACAUGUCCGAGGAACCAGGGCUGGGACGACGUCCUCUGCAGAUGUGUACUUCAGCCUGACGAAACCUUCUCAUCAGGCCCUGAACUCCUCAGUGAAGACCCGUGCGGACCGGACAGGGAGCUGGACGAGGAGACGUGCGAGUGCGUGUGCAGCAGGCAGGCCCAGGCGGCGUGCGGGCCGGGCCGUGUGCCCGACCCACGCACGUGCCAGUGUGUGUGCAAGGUGCCCGCCGCCCCCUGCAAGCCCGGGCACGUCUUCAGCAGGGACGCGUGCCAGUGUGUGUGCGCCAAGACGUGCCCCAGGCACCAGCCCCUGAACGCCGCCAAAUGCGCCUGCGAAUGCACCGAGUCACCAAACCGCUGCUUCCUGCGUGGGCGCCGCUUCCACCCAGCCACCUGCAGCUGCUACCGCCCCCCGUGUGAGGUACGCAGGAGGAAGUGUGAGGCGGGAUUUUACUUCAGCGAGGAGGUGUGCCGUUGUAUACCCACAUACUGGAGGAGGCAGGACUGAGGAGGCGGGGUGUACUGGCUGGUAAACUGUAGCCCCCUCAUCAAAAUGGUCACAUGGACACAGAGUGUGGGAUUAUGGGAAAUAUAAACGACAGUAACAUCAACGGCAGCAUCAGCAUUGAGAAGCUACAAGAGGAAACAAAGCCGGAUGUGAGCAUAAUGACGUAAUGAACUGAGGACUUACACACGCCGUCUGUUUCUAUGGUUACCGGCUCCGUUUUUAUUUGUAUGUGUCAAAUAAUGAUUUUAUAAUUUAUUGCCACUAAUUGUUUGCAAACAUUCCUGUUCAUAGUAUUUCAGCCUUUCAGGAAAAUACACUGUGAUCAAUAUUUUUGUAUCGUGAAAUACCUUUAAAAUAAAAUAUAAAGUUGUAUUACAUA